GGCCAUUCUUUCUUCACGAACCCCAAGUGGGCAUUCUCCCACUAGCUAUGCCUAUGCCUCAUCUCUAGCCAUAGUUAUCAUACACUCAUGGUCAGUAUGUCGCGGCGCUUGCUGAACUCCAAAAGUUUGCAGAUAUGUUCUGGCGGGUCCACCUUAAGCCUUGGUCUUCGCCAGACUCUUAUAAAUAGAGCAAACAGGAACUCUAUUUCGUUACGUUGGAAACAUGAGGUUGGAUCUCAGUCAACAACUCAAACUCGUGGAUGCAGCACCGCGGGGCGAGGUUUUGUUCCACGGCUUAGAGUCCAAACUUUACCAAGUCGAACUUCGAUCGGGCAUAAAAGAGGACUAGAAACCCAAGCAGAAAAAGGUUAUUCAUUAGUCCGACUGAGGGACGACGACUCAUUAUACGUUGGUAAUCCGGGCCAGAAACCGUUAGUCUUGGAUCGUCACUGGUUGCGCGACUCCUGUCAGUGCAGCAUAUGUGUGAACCCAGACUCUGGCCAGAAAAACUUUGGCACUUGCGAUGUCCCGACCGAACUCGAUAUCAAAUCAAUCCAACCGACUGAAGAAGGAGGUCUUAGAGUCAUUUGGGAGGGGGAUUUUCUAUCAUCCGGUAAUCAUGUGUCCUACUACACAGCUAAUCAGCUUGAUUCCUUGCGACUCGAAUAUGAGUUACCCGGAAUAACAUUAUGGGAUAAUGAUUUAUUCCAACGGGACCGUCUUACUAUUGAUUACGACGACUGGAUAGCAGGUGAGCAUGGAUUUUACUCCGGAUUACACCGACUUCAUACCCACGGACUAAUCUUCAUACGCAACGUGCCAUCUUCUGAGGAGUCGGUCGUAUCUAUCGCCAAUAAGAUCGGAAAUCUUCAAGAAACAUUCUAUGGGAGGACUUGGGAUGUACGCUCUAAGCCGAAUGCAGAAAACGUAGCGUAUACAAACUCCUUUCUCGGACUGCAUCAAGACCUACUGUACAUGCAAGAUCCGCCUCGUCUACAACUCCUACACUGUCUUGAGAACACAUGCGAGGGCGGCGAGUCUAUGUUUAGCGACGGCAUCAGAGCCUCCCAUCUAAUGGAUCUUGGGCCACGCUCGCUCUUUGAAUAUCUACUCAACAAACAUAUACGGUAUCAGUACAAGAAGCACGGGCAUUAUUAUCAGAUGUCGCGGCCCGUCAUCGCCAAAUUAACCAAAUUCCACCACCAAGUAGCCUGGUCCCCGCCGUUCCAAUCCAGCAUUCAACGCGUAGCCAAGACCGCCAGUGGCAGCCAAAAUCAUCGCGAAUGGCUAGAGGCCGCAACCAUAUUCCGACAGUUCCUAGAAGGCAAGCAAUGGAUGUACGAAUACAAGAUGCAGCCUGGAGAGUGCGUUGUAUUCGAUAACCUCCGCGUCUUGCACGGUCGGAAGCAGUUCAAUACUAGGUCCGGAAGUAGGUGGUUGAAAGGGGCGUAUAUUGCAGAUGACGUGUUCAGAAGCAAACUAAUCACCUCGAGUAAGGAACUAUUAGAGUUGGAUAGAGGAAACCAGCUCUCCUUGUUAUAUCAGGUUUCUAGUUUUAACCUCAAGUACAAAAUAUGGGACGGGCGUGAGACAAUAAACCGGAUGACGCAGAUUGGAGUUGACCUGGGAGGUGAAAGGAACUAUACCCAACCGAACGGUGCUAUAAUUUCGUACUAUUAGAUACGAAUAUGACCACAUAAACUACCUAACCUAGGAAGACCUGCAAGGACUACUCAGAAUCAAAUCGCCAACGCUGAAUAUAGCUUGUUAUAUCCGCUCUUGUCAUUAAUAAACUAUAGGUUAGGUACCUAUCUAUAACUUUGCUGAGUUUUAAUAAGAUAAACUACCCUUGACCUUCCCUUUUCUGCGCUUGAUACCAGCUAUUCUACACGGUUGAUAGCUGCUUGCGUAAAAGUUGAC